AUGAAGAAAUUCUGCUCACCUGACGCGGCUGGAACAAUUCUUCGUUCUUACAUAAACCGUGUCCCAAUAAUGACAUAUAACAGGAUUGUCAAAACGACGACAGUGCUUGAAUACCGAUACGCUACGACUGCUACCUCUACUACCACCACAACUACGACAACGACAAAACGACCUGUUGUUCCAUUCAUAAAUACAGGAACUGGCUCUAAAUGCGAGGACAACGCAACAUCCUGCAUGUCUCUUGUACCAAGUGGUUUCUGCAAAGGUCCACUAUCGGAGGCUACCAAGAAGAAAGUGUGUCCGAAGUCUUGUGGCUUCUGUGAUACUUUGCAAUAA